GUACAAAAUUAUUUCUGUAGCUGCAAUGGUUGGUGACUUGGAGUUGACUAUUGAGAAGCUUGCUACAUAUUGCCUUCUAUUGACGUAAAAACCAGAGACCAAUUUCCUCGCUCCGACACUCCUCCGUUUACACCAAAAUAUUACUGCCGGAAAAUGGAGAAGAUAGAGCACAAGUACGUGCGAGUCAACGGUCUGAACCUCCACGUGGCGGAGAUCGGGAGCGAGUCAUCGCCGGCGGUUGUGUUCCUGCACGGAUUCCCUGAAAUAUGGUACUCGUGGCGCCACCAGAUGAUCGCCGUCGCCGGAGCCGGGUACAGAGCGAUCGCGCCCGAUUACAGAGGAUACGGACUGUCCGACCCGCCGCCCGAACCCGAAAAGACAACAUUCCUCGACCUGGACGCGGAUCUGCUCGGACUUCUUGAUGCCCUAAACCUCUCCAAGGUUUUUCUAAUUGCAAAAGAUUUUGGAGCUUUAGUUUUAUCCAUAUUCGCCCUUCGCCACCGGGACCGAGUAUUAGGAUUCGUAACAAUGGGUGUACCGUUCAUGCCCCCGCGCCCCCCCACAUACAGUCACAGCCUCCCAGAAGGCUUCUACAUUUCAAGAUGGAAGAUUCCCGGCCGUGCGGAGGCUGAUUUCGGCCGAUUUGAUGCCAAAACAGUCGUUCGAAAAGUGUACAUAAUGUUCUCCAAGAGUGAAGUACCGAUUGCCCAAGAAAACCAAGAGAUCAUGGACCUUGUCGAAACAAACACUCCUUUGCCUUUUUGGUUUACUGAGGAAGACCUUGCGACUUAUGGAGCCUUGUACGAGAAAUCGGGUUUUCGGACCGCCCUUCAGGUCCCUUACAGGACAAUGGGCACACAGGAUGAAAUAGUGGAUCCUGUAGUUAAGGUCCCUGCACUGUUGAUUAUGGGGGAGAAGGAUUAUGUGUUGAAAUUUCCGGGAAUUGAGGACUACAUUAAGAGUGGGACAGCAAAAUCGUUUGCGCCCGAUUUGGAGAUUAUGUUCUUGCCUGACGGGACUCAUUUUGUUCAAGAGCAAUCGCCCGAUGAGGUGAACAGCAUUAUCCUCAACUUCCUCAAAAGCCACACGUAAUCGUCAAAAUGAGGUGACACAUAAGGCUGAAUUCAAAUAUUGUAAUGUGCUAUUUGAGACUUCCAUCAUGUUAUGGGACUGUAAUAGAAGAUCCCAACCAAUAAGGUAGUGUUGUUGAGUUGUUGCUAUGACUUUCUUUGGAGCUUUUUCACCUUUCUCAAAUUCUGUGUAUGAGAAAGUUCAUAAUGCAUGUAUGUUGAGGUAGUUUUCGGAGUAUGUCUCAUAUAUUUUGGGAAGUAUAUGAAAACAUGUCAUGAACAACAUAUAAUUAUAACUCAUUUAGAACAUUCAUAAUGCUUUGGUUAUAUUAAACAAAAUUUACAUGUCAUGUUGGAUAUAAUAUGUAGAAAA